AUGGUAUACCAGAGUCGGAAAAGGCUCAACAUCAACACCAUGGCCAACACGUCCAAGGUAUUUAAGAAGACCUGCUCCAAUGGCAAGCUCUCCAUCUACCUGGGGAAACGGGACUUCGUGGACCAUGUGGACAUGGUGGAACCCAUUGAUGGUGUAGUCCUGGUUGACCCUGAUUACUUAAAAGGUCGAAAGAUGUUUGUCAUGUUGACAUGUGCCUUUCGCUAUGGCCAUGAUGAUUUGGAUGUGAUUGGUCUGACGUUCCGCAAAGAUCUGUAUGUACAGGUCCAGCAAGUGGUCCCAGCUGAGCCCAGCAGCCCGCAGGGGCCCCUCACAGUCCUACAGGAGCGACUGCUGCACAAACUGGGGGAGAAUGCCUACCCUUUUACCCUGCAGAUGGUUGUCAACCUGCCCUGUUCAGUGGCAUUGCAGCCAGGUCCUGACGAUACAGGAAAGUCCUGUGGUGUUGACUUUGAAGUGAAGAGUUUCUGUGCUGAAAACCUGGAGGAGAAAGUCUCCAAGAGAGACUCUGUGCGGCUGGUGAUUCGGAAAAUACAGUUUGCACCCUUGGAGCCAGGCCCCGGCCCCUGGGCUCAGACCGUGCGCCGCUUCCUCCUGUCAGCUCAGCCCCUACAACUCCAGGCCUGGAUGGACAGGGAGGUUCACUACCACGGCAAAGCCAUCUCUGUCAAUGUUUCCAUCAACAACUCCACCAACAAGGUCAUCAAAAAAAUCAAGAUUUCAGUUGAUCAGAUCACAGAUGUUGUCCUGUAUUCACUAGACAAGUACACCAAGACUGUGUUCAUCCAGGAGUUCACGGAGACUAUAGCUGCUAACUCCACCUUCUCCAAGAGCUUUGAAGUAACCCCACUCCUGGCUGACAACUGCGAGAAACAGGGCCUGGCACUAGAUGGCAAAUUUAAGCAUGGUGACACCAAUCUGGCCUCUAGCACAAUUCUUCGACCAGGAGUGGACAAAGAGCUGCUGGGGAUCCUGGUGUCCUACAAAGUCAGAGUCAACCUGAUGGUGUCCUGUGGAGGCUCUGAGGACAUAGUCAUCGAGGAGUUUGCUCGGCAGGAGCCUGGCAGCGAGGAGAGCCAGGAGGCUUUGGCAGCUGAGGGGGAUGAGGGCAGCUGA